CUCGCUGAGUUAGCUGAGGAUGACAGUAUAGAUCACUGGAGGUGUGAUCAUCCAUCACCUGGUCAGAUGCACCUGUAUCAACAAAUACACUGGUUUGCAAGUUUUUCCCACGACUCGUACUUGUUGGACCAGGUGCUGGGUUUGAUAAUGAGCGAACGGCAGACUAACGUCAACAGUCUCUUCCUGAAUGAAGACUCGGCCAAGCGGAGCACCGCGGACAGUCGAGUUCAGCAGUUCCAAAAGGCGCUGCGGAAGCGAGCUGGUCGAGCUAAGAAAAGCCUGAGCAACAUCAGCCAGCAAAGCGUCCAGAGCUUUCUUAAGAGAAAUGCAUUUGUCGUUUUAACUAUCUUUGCGGUGAUACUGGGUAUAAUUCUGGGUUUUACCCUCCGCCCCUACAAAUUGUCCUAUCGUGAGAUUAAGUAUUUCUCUUUCCCUGGGGAGCUGCUGAUGCGGAUGCUGCAAAUGCUGGUAUUGCCACUCAUCGUUUCCAGUCUAGUUUCAGGAAUGGCAGCUCUGGACAGCAAAGCAUCUGGUAAAAUGGGAAUUCGAGCGGUGGUUUUCUACAUGAUCACUACUAUCAUAGCUGUGUUCAUUGGAAUUGUCAUGGUAAUGAUCAUCCACCCUGGGAAAGGAUCAAAAGUUGACCUACAUCGGGAGGGAAAGAUUGAGCAGGUGCAGGCAGCUGAUGCUUUCAUGGAUCUAAUCAGGAAUAUGUUCCCACCCAAUCUAGUAGAGGCUUGCUUCAAGCAGUACAAAACAAAUUAUAACACGCGAAAAAUCCUGAAACCAGCACCACCAUCCAGCAAUCUCACAACCAUCACUGAACCAUCCAUUAUUGACAAUGUAACUGAUGCUGUCAAAAAGCUGCAGGAACUGGUGGUUUCUGAGGAGGUUAUUCCAGUUGCUGGUUCGUCCAAUGCAGUGAAUGCACUGGGACUUGUGGUCUUUGCUAUUGGUUUCGGGCUUGUCAUCGGCAACAUGAAACAGCAAGGCCGGGCAUUGAAAGAAUUUUUUGACAGCCUUAAUGAAGCAAUCAUGAGACUGGUCGCAAUUAUAAUCUGGUAUGCACCUAUAGGCAUCCUCUUCCUGAUCGCAGGCAAAAUCAUUGAGAUGAAAGACCUUACUGUGAUGGGCGGACAACUAGGAAUGUACACUGUGACGGUUAUAAUUGGACUGCUCAUCCAUGCACUUGUUGUGCUGCCACUUCUUUAUUUUAUAGUUACGCGCAAGAAUCCCUGGAUUUUUAUUGGUGGAAUAUUGCAGGCAUUGAUUACUGCCCUUGGUACUUCAUCCAGCUCAGCAACUCUCCCAAUCACCUUUAAAUGUCUAGAAGAAAAUAACGGUGUGGACAAACGUGUCACUCGCUUCGUCCUACCUGUUGGAGCUACUAUUAACAUGGAUGGCACAGCCCUCUAUGAGGCCUUGGCUGCGAUCUUCAUUGCACAAGUUAACAACUAUGAUCUAAACUUUGGACAAAUCAUCACCAUCAGCAUCACUGCAACAGCAGCCAGCAUUGGAGCUGCAGGAAUACCUCAGGCUGGUCUUGUCACCAUGGUGAUAGUUUUGACAUCAGUCGGACUUCCCACAGAGGACAUCACCCUGAUUAUCGCAGUGGACUGGUUCCUGGAUCGUCUUCGAACUACCACCAACGUGCUAGGCGACUCAUUGGGAGCAGGUAUUGUGGAGCACCUUUCGAGGCAUGAACUGCACACAGAGGAUACAGAAGUUGGAAACUCAGUCAUUGAGGAAAAUGAGAAACCUUAUCAGCUCAUCUGCCAGGAGCACGAAAACCAGAAGCACGUGGAUAGUGAGACAAUGAUGUGACCAAGACUAAGAUAGAUCCAGUAUCGAAGAGAUAAACACAUACACAACCAUGUAAAUUGUGUGUCUGUGCAUUUCUAAUCAAACUAGCCAGCAAAGGAACAUCUAAAACAAUCUAAUUACUUAAGCAAGAAUCCUGCAAAAAUAGGGGCAGACCUGUACGCAUGCGUAUUUUCAAGUGCGUACCAUCCAUAUCUGUGCAUAUGUGAGUGCAUUCAUGUACACAUGGUGCCCAUGUUUGUGUGGACACAUAUGCGAAUGUUUAUCACUAGCUGUGAUCAUGUGUGUUUGUAUGCACUUCUGUGCAGGUGCACAUAAAUGUCAAAACUCUGGUUUGUGGGCAUUCAUCUGUUCAUAUGUGCAUAUCUGCAUGCUUUCUGUACAUACAUGAUAAGUAUUUAUGCAUAUGCAUGUGUACAGGUCUUUUCAUAUGUGUGUCUUUGUACAUGCAUGUGCAUGGAGUUUUUAACUGGAAAGGGUAUCUUUUUUAAACAGGUAGUUCCCUCAGUAGCACUUUCAUAGUUGGGAGAGGAUUUCUGAUGUGCUAUGUGUGAAAUCAUAAAUAUGUUUCUGAUUUUGCUGCUCCCAGCACCUCUUAGAAAACUUGUCCCAUUGUCAGAACAGAAUCAAUUUUCAUUAGAAAUACUUGAAGAAGAAAAAUAUUAAAGGGACAGAGAAAGGGGCAGGGAAGUGGGAUGAAAAUAGAUUAGCAUUCAGUAAGCAUGAGCUGAAUAGACUCCAUCUGUUCUGGGAUUUCUGUGGUAAUCUUGUGAUAUUUUCUUGUGUUAAACUGGUCAAUUUUUGCAAAACCUUGCUGUGUUGGCAGACAUCUAACAAGGGACCGAUUUUCUUCAACCAUUGCAAGUUGUGCUUGUCCAGUUACAAAAUGGUGCUAAAUCCAUUUGGAGUGGAAUUUCACUUUAUGUGGGAAUGUAAAGCAUGUGAUGGUGGAUUGGCAUCCCGUCUCACAUCUUCUCCUGUUUUUGUAUGGAAGCCAGAGGCAAUGUCGAAUAUCAUACUACAGCGGGCAUUAAAAUCUGCCCUCCACAGCAGAAGAGGAGGAAAGGGACAUAUAAGGCCUCAGACCCUAUUUCCCCUUAUUGAUAUGAAAUGCCUACCUUUUGAAUGUGGGGAAACUCCAUCGUAGCAAUGCCGAAACUGUAACAGAGUGAGAGAAACUCCACAUAAAUAACCACCACAUCUCCAGAUUUCAAUAUUGUCUUCAUAAUCCUUUCACAUUUCCAAAACAUUUUGACCUUCUAACAAGGAGUCCACAGUAUCCCCCCUUUCACUACAUUGUUCUAUCCCGUUUAUCAUGCUUUGUGAUCAUCAGGCCAGAAAUAAAACUAAGCAAAAUAUGAUUAAUUAGUUCUUGUAACAAGUAAACCCUGAUUCAUUAAUCCACCAAGGUUAUGCAGACACUGAGUCGAUAGCAGGUUGAAUAAUCUUAGGUCAGCCCUGAUAUAAUGUUAAAGUAGAUCCUUUGAGUUAGACACAGUGACUUCUGCACACACUCAUGGAGUCAGUAUGCAAAAGAGACAUGCAAUCUCUAGGUAUUAUGAAAAUAACAUUUCCUAAUCUUCAAAUGGUCUCAUUGUCAGAUGAUGUAAAAUGUAUGAUAUCUGUGAUGUAUUUCUAAUCUCUAAAUGAUAUGUGGCAUUAGAUCAGAAACUUGUACUCAAAUCCAAUCAAAAUAUUGUACUUCCAUAUCACGAAUUCA